CUUUUCAUGUGACCGAUGGGUCACUUGGUCUGCCCUCAAAUCUAUAAACUUUAAAGAAAUGGCCAGUAGACCCACUGCCCGUCGCACACCUCCCCCAAGUAUCGGACAAGAUAAAUGGGAUGCAGAACUCGCCAGAACUGACAUCUCGAAAAAUGAUCUGAACGCAUUGAUAUAUGACUACCUCGUCAUUGAAGGAUUCUCCGACGCUGCUGUUGAAUUCGCUCGGGAAACCGGCCUUCCUUCUGAAGUCGACGAAGCGAGCAUUCGUGAGCGGAUGGAAAUACGCGAGGCUGUGGAGGAAGGUCGUGUAGAAGAGGCCGUCAAAAGGGUGAACGAGUUGGAUCCAGAGAUAUUGGACAACAACCCUCCCCUUCUUUUCCACCUUCACCUACUCCGUCUCAUCGAGUACAUACGAGAGGAACAGAUUGAUAAAGCGCUCGAGUUCGCCACGCAAGAACUCGCACCUCGCGGCGCACAACAUCCAGAAUUUCUGGAUGAUCUAGAACGUACCAUGGCUCUCCUCGCUUUCCCCGAUUUGGCCAAGUACGCCGACGACGCCACAUCAUCUUCCCAGCCCCCUCCUCCCCCUGAAACCUUGGCGUUAUUCCAGGAUCCCGCUUUCACACCCAUCAUCCAACUCAUGCGACGGAGUCAGAGAGUUAAAAUUGCCAAAGAAUUGAACGCGGCCAUACUGGAGAGUAAUGGACAAGGUAUGGAAACCAAGUUGAGCGGACUGGUAAGACUCAUGGCUUGGGGAGAGGAAAAGUUGGAGACGAGUGGGAUGGCUUUACCUAAUAUUGAAAAGUAUCGAGGGAGGAAAUGGGCGGAAGCCGUGUUGUCCGAAUGAUUGGUUGGACCUUAGGGAUCAGGUGAAAUGACGUUGUAUUGUUGUAGUAAGUACUGAUAUGUGCAUGGUAUACUCUUGAAAUG